UAUGAGCGAACCAUUACGGUAAAAGCGAGUGCAGGAAUGGUGUUAGUGUGUGAGUGUGUGAUGACAAAAGCUGUUGUAGUGUGGUCAAAUACUCAAAAUCUGUAGUGUGGUCAUGUGAUGCUGCUCAAAUCAGCGGUCAAGAUUGUGGAAACGAAGGGUAAUGGGCAGCCAUUCAGAGAUGUCCCCAUAGCUUGAGAUCCCAGACAGAGAACAUGACGAGGGUGCGCGAAUGGGGCCUCCAGGACCGGCCCCUCAAUACGGUUCACUUUGAGUCACCCUCACACACUACCACGUUGCUGGGCGGACUGAACACCCUUCGGGCCAAGGGUCUCCUGCUGGACGUCACCCUCGUCGCAGAUGGACAGGCUUUUCAGGCACAUCGUGUUGUCCUAGCAUCAUGUAGCGAUUAUUUCCGUGCGAUGUUCACGGAUGCGAUGCGAGAGUCCCGCCAGAGUGAGAUCUGCCUCAAUGGAGUGACAGCCGCAGGUAUCAGACUCCUGCUGGACUACGCCUACACAUCGAGGCUUGCCUUGAACCUGGCCAACAUUCAGGAUGUCUUGUCGGCCGCAAGUCACGUCCAAGUGGUGGCCGUUGUCGAAGCUUGCUCCAAUUAUCUGCAGGCACAGCUGGACUUGGAGAACUGUAUUGACAUAGCAACAAUUGCAGAAACAUAUUCCCUGUCACAACUUCGACGGCGUGUGUACCGGUUCAUGAGUGGCCACCUUCGUGACUUCUCCCGUUCACCAGACUUCCACCGCUUGGCGCCCCAGCAGUUGGAGUACUUGCUGGGCUGUGACUUCCCCGUGGAUUGCCCUGAAGCUGAAGUGUUGCAGAUUGUUGUGAGGUGGCUGCUGGCCAACUCGCACACAGUCAGUGCUGGACAGCGACUCACAUGUGCCCAGAGGCUACUUCGCCGAGUCCACUUUGCAGAAAUUAUGCCAUGGGAUCUGGAAGCCAUGCAGCAGCAAACAUUGCUUGGUCAUAGUUACCAAGAUCAACAUCUGUUCCACUUCGUCCUCUCGGAGACUUGUCGCCAGAGCAGGCUUCGCUCCGCUUUGCCGGACAGUAGCAACAUAGUGCCGGUGUCAAAGGCCUCGCCUCUCGUCAACUCCAGGGGAAUGGAACUUGCUGUUGUCAAAGUGGGAGGUUUUGGUAUUGGAGGAAUUACCAAUGAGAUCACCUAUUUUCUGCCUAGUGUCGGGAAAUGGCGACAUCUAACAUCCAUACCACAUGUGGAGCAGUGUAACUUUGGAACAGCAGUACUCGACAAUGACUUGUAUGUUGUCGGAGGUUGCUUCAACCAGUCUUUGCAGGAGAAUAUACAUCCUUUUGGUUUCCGGUACAGCCCACGCUAUAACAAGUGGACAACAAUGGCUCCGAUGCAACGGGAGAGAUGCCGUUUCUCGCUGAAUGUUGUGUCGGGUCGCCUCUAUGCCAUUGGUGGAGCCAGUGAGAUGGAUGAAGGCGAGCCAGAGAAUGAAGAUGAAGUGAGUGCCUGUGAGUGCUACUCCCCAGAGACUGACAGCUGGGAGAGUGUGCGGCCCCUCCCAGGAUACCGAACACAGCAUGCUGGGGCCACAUGGGGACACUGCCUGUUUGUGUCAGGAGGACUUGACAGGGACCUUGUCUUGGGCUCGAUGUGCUGCUACAAUGCGGGCACAGACACAUGGGACUACAGAGCCCCCAUGCUGACCCCACGUGCUGACCACGUGAUGCUUGUCAUGGGGGACCGCUUGUAUGUCUGUGGAGGAUGGUUUGAAGAUGCUGACACUGGUAACCGUGUCCUAGUGGACACUAUUGAUGUCUACGAUGUUACCGCGGAUUGUUGGCAGGUCGUGACUCGCAUCCCGACACCAAGGUAUCAUGCAGGAAUUGUGGGAGUAGACACCAAGAUAUAUUUCAUUGGUGGGUUCCACAGUGAUGCCAUGUUUGACCGUGCCACAGCUGUGAUUGAGUGUUACGACCUUGAAACAGAAACUUGGACCACAGGGGAGAAGUACCCUCAAGACAUAUGGGAACAUACUUGUGUCACACUGUACAUCCCACGGUGUCGUGACGAUAUGGAAGUAAUGGCGGCCGUUCAAGGUCGGACGUAGCAGUGUGAGAAUUGUCAUGACGAAAGAGAAUGUGUGCACUUUGCUUGCACUUCUAUAGGUGAAGCGUGGGGUGUUGCUUGCAAUGAAUUGUACAUUCAACAGAUGUGCUAGGGCGUGGUACAAACGUACAUGGAACACAAGUGGCAGAGAGUACUGUGCAAUUGUACCUGGAACGCAGGUGGCAGGGUAUUGUACAGUUCUGACUCAGGUGCUUUUGUUUACUUACAGAGCUUUACGUUUUUUAGUGUAACCUUUCUAAUCUGAAACACAAGCAAUUACUAAGCAUCACCUGGGAUGAGGUUUGUCUGCUUCUUUUCAUUGCUUGCUGCCAACAGAGUAAAAGAAAAUUCUUUGAAUUUUAAUGACAGUUGGCAGCUGCGAAAGGGGCAGUCUUAUUUACAUUUGUUUAUUGCUGCAGACAAUCACAUCUUAAUGUACAAAAUGUGUGAAUUCACAGCUGACACAAAUGUGUAUGACCUUAGUUUAAAGUUACUUGUCAGUGGUGUUGCACAGUGUUUAAGGGGAGGCUGUGAGCCCUGUCUUUGCAAAGUUAUUUUGCCACAUUUGGAAGCAUUUUUUCUAACCAACCGCAGGUUCCUCGUUUGUGAAAUGUGACAUGCAUACAUUCAAGGGUUCUUUGCAGUGAUUUGCUUGCAAAGUAAAAAUAAAACUGAGCCAGUACAGAUACCCCUCAACUGUACAUAUGCCAAGUUUCAUAAGUAAGGAUCAUGUGAUUGGUUAGAAAAAUACAUUCAAAUUUUAUAAAAUUUACUUUGUGAGGUUAGAGAUUACAAACUUCCUGCUGAGGUUGUCGUCUUGUGCUUUGUCCAUUAACCUAGAUUGCUUUCUAUAUAACCACAAUGUUUCAGAAGCCUGUUCUAGUCUUUAUUAGAGAUGGAACAGAUAUUGAGAAAUUUAUUAUCUCUGUGGCCCAUAGGCAGUGAUACCCCUUACCCUUGCUAAGGGAUGAGAAUAACAUUAUGAGCAGACUGCACAGAGUAAAACUGACUUUGCAUCCUUUCCAUUUUAAGAUGGGAAUAAAACCGAUUUCCCAAACAUUGUGGUUCUAUAUCUAAGACACUAAAGUGAUGGAUAGAGUUUUAAGAGUAUACAUACCUUGUAUGUAUGUAAGGGGUGGGCCAUAAAAACUGCCCCCCUCCCCACACUGCGACCCUCAAUGAUCUAUUGUGCUUAGAGUAUAACCUUACUUCACAUAUAACAAAUUAAACAUAGGUAUUGAACCAUAGAAAGAUCACAAAGUGAGUAGAAUUGUCUAUUUUUGUAACAGAGACCUGUGUGUUAUACUAUAAUGACUCCACCGUUGUUACAACACUUUAAGUGUUCAGGAUAAAUAUUGGAAUGUUUUAUGGUAGAGUUAACAUAUGUUGUUAAGUUCUUGUUACUGUUAUGUUUAUAACAUGAAUGUUCUUAAUUGCAUGCAAGAAAAGCAUAUUUAAUUCUUUAUACACAGGAAGGAAGGAGAACUUUGAAUGCUGUGUUCAUUAACUUUGUCUUUCACUCAGUCAUGUUGGUCUUGGCGUGGCUUUCUUGUAUUGGCACAUAAGAUUAAUGGCUAUUCUGAUAUAAUAAUUAGUAAUUUGUUUCUUGUUAUAAGUUAAUGUUGCAGUCACAGUAGACAUCUUAUUUUUCUCCAUAGGACCUUGUAUUGUUACAAGAACAUGUUUCUUCACAACUAUUCGUACUGGGAUCAUUAUUUUCUCACUUACAGUUUACAAAUAAAAUGCAGAGUAUUUUAUUCA